AUGGCUGAAGAUGUCAAUCUACUCCCGAAGAUAGCCACUGUCUUGGACAAAAUGACAGAAGUCCAUCAAGAUAUGCCUAUCAAGGAAGACCUCUAUUUUGACCUCUCUACUGUCAAAGUUGAAGUCAGUCAGAUAAAAUAUUUGUUAUCUGCGGUGCAAGCCGAUGUAUGCACCAAUGCUGAGGCCAUCUCUACUCUCUCUGACAAGGUCGAUGAAGCACAAGCACAACUUACCACGCAUGGUGAGCUGAUGCAGCAAAAAUUGAAUCUUCUUCAGCGUCCAGCGCUAGUUUCUGCACCUUCCUUCACAAAAGCUGAUACACUUUCAUUGGAUCAAAAAUACUUACCUCAAGCUGCUACUGUUGUCCCUACAACACCUACAUAUGCUGAUGCUCAAGAUGAAAGAGCUGAAGCCAAUAAAGCUAAUGCUGAAGUUGUAGAUGCCAUCACAUCCUGUGAAGUUAAAGUUGUUGCUGAAGCUGAGGACAAUGAUGAUGCAUUCAAAGAUAAUGCUAAAGACGACGACCUUCUUAUCACCUCUACAGCUAAUGUUGGUGAUAAGGAAGAUGAAGAUGAAGAUGAUGAUGACAGUGAAGCUGAUGAUCCUCUUUCCUUUCCUGAUGCUGGAAAAGAUCUAGGUGCUGAUGAUGAUGAUGAAGACUACGAUGAUGACGACUUUCACCAUUCAAUACCACACCAGACCAUUCCUUCUUCUACGCAUCAGCUUGAUGCUCAGGGAGAAGAAGAGGACGGGGGCGAGAAAGAAGAUGGAAUGGAUGAUGAGAUUGAUGAUGACUAUGAUAUGGCAUCUGAUAUCAAACUUCUCUUCCUCGCUGUUGAUACCGUCAUUUACAGGAUAACAGAAGUCCACAAGGAGAUGCCCCGCCGGGCUGACCUUGAUGCAAGCUUCCUCGCUAUCCAGGCAGACAGGAGUAUCAUCUACAGUAAAGCUGAAGUUGAGGCUCCUAAAGCUGAAGCGGUUGCUGCUUCUGUAAGCUCGACCACCGAAGCUGCUCCCGCUGAGGUUGUCAAUGCCAUCCCUAGGGAUGACGCUCCUUCCAUCACUACUGCUG